GCGGGGCGCGGGGCGGCGCAGACCUCGCCGGGCUCGGGCGGGCGGCGGCGCUAGGCGCCCGGCGGGGCGUCCCCACUGCGACCCGAGGGACCCUCCCCUCCCCCCUCGUCUCUCCAAGCCUCGUCCCCAGCAUGACGCCCGCGGGCGGCGCGUAAGGCGGAGACCCGGUGCCCGGGGAGGUCCCGCCGGCUGCAUCCGCCAGGCUCCAGCCGCCCGCCGCGGGGCCCUCCCGAGACUCUGGCCAAAAGGACCAUGAAAGGGUCUUCCUGAAGAGCAUGCUUGGUCUUCAAGCUCAUUUUCAGGCUAAGGUGGAAGAAGACUCAGGAGUCGUGUGCGGGACAGGAACCUUUGGGGAUGGCUGGUACCUCUCCGGAGCCUUUCAGUAGUCCAGUAGCGGCCUCCGCAGAUGUUUUGCAGUACUAGCCACAAGAACCUCAUGAUCUACUGUUUAAAACAGAAAAUGACUUUGGCCACUAUCUGCAGGGCUCUGCGCUGUGCUCUCAGAUCUUGCUGACGAAGUGAGGUCGGCUGGCGGUGACGGGGAUGCACUGUGCGUUACCGAAGAGGAGCUGGCUGGUGAAGACGAGGACAUGCCGUCCUUCCCAGGCACGCAGAAAGGCCAGCCAGGACCCCGCUGCAGCCGCUGCCAGAAGAACCUGUCUCUGCACACGUCAGUGCGGAUUCUGUACCUCUUCCUGGCUCUGCUCCUGGUGGCUGUGGCCGUGCUGGCCUCUCUGGAUGAUUCUGGUGUGCAUCCGGGGCCAAGCGGACCAGUUUUUAGGAAGGUAGACUCUCUCUCAGAAGACAUCUCCUUGGCCCAGUCCAUUUAUAACAAGAAGCUUAUGUCGAUGCAGGAAAAUCUUCAAGGACUUGACCUGAAAGCCCUGAACAACUGCUCUUUCUGCCAUGAGGCUGGGCAGCUGGGGCAGGAGAUCAGGAAGCUGCAGGAGGAGCUGGAGGGGCUGCAGAAGAUGCUUCUUGCCCAGGAGGUCCAGUUGGACCAGACUUCUCAGGCCCAUGAGCUGCUCUCCACCACCAGCAGUCAAAUCUCCCAGGAGAUGGGCAGUUGUGCCUUCUCCAUCCACCAAGUCAACCAGUCUCUGGGGCUCUUCCUGGCACAGGUGAGGGGGUGGCAGGCCACAACAGCCAGCCUGGACCUCUCUCUAAAGGACCUCACCCAGGAGUGCUAUGAUGUCAAGGCUGCCACGCACCAGAUCAACUUCACUGUGGGGCAGACCGCCGAGUGGAUCCAUGGGAUCCAGCGGAAGACGGAUGAGGAGACCCUCACCCUCCAGAAGAUGGUCACUGACUGGCAGAACUACACCCGGCUCUUCGGUGGCCUGCGCACCACCUCUGCCAAGACGGGAGAAAUGGUAAAGAACAUUCAGUCCACCCUGGGGGCCUCCUCGCAGCGCAUCAGCCAGAAUUCCGAGAGCAUGCACGACUUGGUGCUGCAGGUGAUGGGCUUACAGCUGCAGCUAGAUAACAUCUCCUCCUUCCUCGAUGACCACGAGGAGAACAUGCAUGAUCUCCAGUACCACACCCGCUAUGCCCAGAACCGCACAGUGGAGAGGUUUGAGUCACUGGAAGGACGCAUGGCUUCUCAUGAGAUUGAAAUCAGCACCAUUUUCACCAACAUCAAUGCCACCGACAACCACGUGCACAGCAUGCUCAAGUACCUGGAUGACGUGCGGCUGUCCUGCACGCUGGGCUUCCACACCCAUGCGGAGGAGCUCUACUACCUGAACAAGUCUGUCUCGCUCAUGCUGGGCACCACCGACCUGCUCCGGGAGCGCUUCAGCCUGCUCAGUGCCCGGCUGGACUUCAAUGUCCGCAACCUCUCCAUGAUUGUGGAGGAGAUGAAGGCUGUGGACACACAGCACGGAGAAAUCCUUCACAAUGUCACCAUCUUACGAGGUGCCCCCGGGCCUCCAGGACCAAGAGGACUCAAAGGAGACUCAGGCUUAAAAGGGCCUGUUGGCAGCAGAGGACCCAAAGGAGACUCUGGCAGCUUGGGACCCCCUGGGCCCCAGGGCCCUCAAGGGCAGCCUGGGGAGCCUGGACCAGUGGGUGAAAGGGGACCGAUUGGCCCACGAGGUUUCCCAGGCCUCAAAGGUUCAAAAGGCAGCUUUGGCACUGGAGGGCCGAGAGGACAGCCAGGCCCUAAAGGAGAUGUGGGGCCCCCGGGGCCGGAGGGGCCGCCCGGGUCUCCAGGACCCUCAGGGCCUCAGGGAAAACCAGGGAUUGCAGGGAAGACAGGGUCACCGGGCCAGCGGGGGGCCACAGGACCUAAGGGUGAACCGGGGAUCCAGGGUCCCCCUGGCUUGCCUGGGCCCCCAGGCCCACCAGGAAGCCAGAACCCUUAGUGAGAAGAGUCCCUGGCCCAGACACUGCUGCACAGAAAGGGGAGGGGCUUUAAAAAGCUCAAAAGCUUCACCUACAGAUAAAGUCCUUUGAUUCAAAUGUGGGGCGUUCCCCAGAGCUGAUCCUGCAGCUGUGGGAUCCCCCAUGGUGACUGUACCACAGGAAAGCGCGCACGCACACACACACACACACACACACUUCCCUGCUGGCCAGGGGAACGAUUGGGUUUCCCUGGCUGCGCAGGAGGAGAGGGUAGAAGAAGCCCCUCUCCUGUGACUGAGCCAGCCAGGGAGGUGGCGAUCUCAAGAAGAAGGUCUUGAAUCUGUCUCUGGAUGGUGGCCAGCUCCUGUCUUUCUAGUGUCUUCUCACCCUUGCUGGCUGGCAGUGUCCUAGGGCUUCCUCUGGUUGAGAAGACCCAGGGAGGGCUGGGGGUGUAGCUAAGAGGUAGAGCACUUGCCUAGUAUGUGGGAGACCCUGGUUCCAUCCCUAGCACCCCUAAAAGAAAAAAAAGAAAAGACCCAGGGAAAGCUUUGCGGGGCAUCGUAGCUGAAAUUCCAGGGACAAGUU